AUGGCAGAUGGGGUCCAUCUCAAUGGGGAGAUUUUGAGGCAGAAGUGGACAUGGUUUGCUGAUCUUGUGGGAGUGCCCCAGGAUGACCAGUUGGCACUGAGUGAGGGCUGGUUGUCUGACAGACCACCAUUGGAAGUCAAGGAAAGCAAGAAACAUCUGACAUAUGUAUUCACAAUCAAUGCCAGUGGGUCUGAGAAGCAUAAAUCAGAUGCUCAACUCAGAUUUUAUUAUCACAGUAAUGCAAAGUCCUGGAUGACAACAAUAUUGCUUCUCCAGGACAACUUUAGUGCUCACAGUGUUCCAGAUGAUCUUACAAACAUCCAUGUUGUGAAUUUUGCACCAAAUCUCACUGCCUAUGUGGAUGCUUCUACCAUCCAUAACUGCUGGUGCCAGGCUGACAUUCUCCCAGACCCACUUCUUAAUCCCAUAGCAUUGACUUCUACUCUAGUUGUUCCAGUUUUAUCACUUCUGAACACAGGAGAUUCAGACACUUAUCUUGCAGCAGCUGAAAAGGAGGUUUCAGACUUGUUGUCCCAUCUCUGGAGAAUUAGUGUGUUGCAAUCACAGAAUAUGAUGGCCAUUGAUGAGCUUAUUGAUUUUGCAUUAGAGUGGGUUCUCUAUGAUGAUGGUUCAGAUGAAGACAUCUUUGAUGCAAUCAAGGAGUGUAGAAAUGCAGAGCAAGAAAAGGAGAUGAACAGUGGUGAUAAUAGAGGUGAUAAUGAUGUGGCAUACAAGAAACCAUCACAGAAAGAAGUGCUUGCUGCUGCUUCUACCUUACAGAGAUAUGUUGCAGAUGUUGAUGAGCCAUUUGCCCACAAACUUGAGACUGUUCUCACCAACUUUGGUUGCCAGACACACCUAGAAGAGUCCAUGGAAUUGACCACUAUUACUGAUUAUUUCUCUUACCAAUCAUUGCCAUACCUCUAG